UCGACAGGGUUUGCCUCGUUGCGUCCUGUCCCUCGAUGAUUACCCCAUCAGUGCGAUCCGCGACUCCGUUCCUCGCGGCAAUACACGGUGGACGUCAACGGUGCGUCUCUUAGUUUUCGUCGCGUGAAGAGGAAGAGGCAGAGACAGAACGUGAUGUAACUUUUAUUUCACGGUUCCUUGGGAACGCGUCGCGAACAGAACAUCCUGACAGGACAACCGCGCGGCGCGUCGUCGGAAAAAAAAAGUUUGUUAUAAAAGACGUUCGCGCGAAAGGACGUCUCGAUGCAGCCCAACAGUUGUCCCGAGGUUCACGGUCUCCUCGCGGACGAUCAAUCGUGCGGCCUGCGCGCUCGAUGCCAAGAGUAUUGGUGCAUCCUCCCGAUCGACAAGACGACGUUUCCCGCGAAACGUGCGUACGAGCUCACCAACCUGGUCCCGGAGAUGCUGCGCGCGGAUAUCGCGUGGCCGGCCCUUUGCCAAGCGUCGUUAACGUCCUGGCCGGUCCUAGCGAGACCUCCGAUCGGCUACAAGACCACGCCGCAACACGAGAAACCACCGUACUCCUACAUCGCCCUGAUCGCGAUGGCGAUCAACUCGUCGCCGAGGCGACGGCUGACGCUCGCCGGGAUCUACAAGUUCAUCAUGGACCGAUUCCCCUACUACAGGGAGAACCGACAGGGCUGGCAGAACAGCAUACGGCACAAUCUCAGCCUAAACGACUGCUUCGUGAAGGUACCGCGGGACCGGACGAGCGCGGACGACGACGAGGAUCAGACGGCCGGGAAGGGAAGCUACUGGACCCUAGACCCGUCCGCCAGCGAGAUGUUCGAGCACGGCAAUUACAGGCGCAGGAGGACGAGACGGCGACGAGUGAUCGCUCAGGGGAGACCGGAGCUCGUAGGAUUACCGGUAUCGACCGAACUCUUAUCCACGUCAAUGAGACAUCAAGAGGAGCAACGUGAGAUCGUUGAAACGAACGAAGAGAACGUCGUGGCGAGAGAUACCGAAACCGAAUGUAUUGAUUCCUCGGGACGUAUCGCCAAAAUGACGAUGUUUAGUAUCGACAACAUCUUACGGAAGUCCACGCGAGAGUCGCAAAUAUAGUUUUAUGCUUAUUUUAGAAGGUGCCUCAGGGUGACAUCGUAACGACAACAUAUUGAUCGGCAAUGUUAAACAAGAAGAUACGUUUUAAAAGCCGAAAAUCCUGAACGCGUCCUGACUCCUGACGUUAUACGUAUACGUGCUAUAUAUUCAGAAUUAUAAGUAUAGUUUUAUUUAUUGUGAAAUGUUUUAUCGUUCUAGCAUAAAGAGUACCCUAUGUGUAACACUGUAACCGAAAGUUGCGCGAGGACUAAUACGCGCGUUUAAUAUGUAUUUUCUUCUACUCGCCAAAGUGAAAAGCGCAAAACCGAAGAGGUUUUGCAAUAGCUAAGAAGGAAACGGGGCAUCUGCUAAGAUUUCCAAAGUCCCGUCGACAAAAGAACAGCCGUAGCACUGUUUUCAAUUCGUGAAUUCAAAUUAAUGCGAUAUUAUAGUAUAUAUUAAACACAUUCUACUGUUUACGUACACUUUGCAGCAUUUCUUCACGGACGAAAUGGUUCUGCACAGUGUCUCUACGUGUGUCCUCUCUCUUUUAGAUAUAUAUAUCUACUUCAUUUUCUAAUUGCGCCGCAGUGAAAAGCGUGAAUUAAUUCACAAUAAUUAUUGUCUUUUUCAUAUUCAUAAAG